UUUUCAAUCCCAGUAAAAAUAGUUUGUCCAGAGCACAUUUCGAGCUGGGGGUCGACUGCAUCUGGGGGGGUGAUUGCUUUUUUCUGCCAGAUUUUUCUAUUUUAUUUUGUAUUUUCUUAUUUUAUAAAAAUACUUUACAGUUGAAUUUCAUUUCCUUGUGAUUUGAUUCCAUAUCAAAGAUUUGCCUUAAGAUCAUGAACAAACUAUAUGUGGGGAAUUUGAGUCCUUUGGUCACAGUCGAGGAUUUGAAGGAGCUCUUUGGCGAGAAGAAGCUGCCUGGGGCCGAGCAGGUUCUGCUCAAAUCCGGCUAUGCUUUUGUGGACUUCCCCGACCAAAACUGGGCCAUAAAAGCUAUUGAGGCACUCUCUGGUAAAGUUGAAUUACAUGGGAAGGUGCUUGAGGUAGACUACUCUGUUCCCAAAAAGCUACGGAGUCGCAAGAUCCAGAUCAGAAACAUUCCCCCUCAUCUACAGUGGGAGGUUUUGGACGGCCUUCUAGCUCAGUAUGGUACUGUAGACAACGUGGAACAAGUUACCACGGACACAGAAACAGCUGUGGUGAAUGCCACAUACUCAACCAAGGAGGAGGCCAAAGUAUCCAUUGAGAAAUUCACAGAGGAGGAGGAGAUUCCUCUGAAGAUCCUGGCCCACAACAGUCUGGUGGGACGACUGAUCGGUAAGGAGGGAAGAAACCUGAAGAAGAUAGAAGAAGAGACAGGGACCAAGAUUACUAUCUCCUCGUUACAGGACAUAACCAUCUGUAACCCAGAGAGGACCAUCACAGUGAAGGGCAGUAUGGAGGCGUGCUGUAAGGCUGAGGGGGAGGUCAUGAGGAAACUGAGGGACGCCUACGAGAACGACAUCGCUGCUGUUAACUGUCCCUCUUCACAUCUUGGUGGUUUGUAUGGGGUUCUACCAGCCAGUGCCAUACAGUGCCAGCACUCACAGGCUCCAGAGCAGGAGGUGGUGUAUCUCUUAAUCCCAACCCAGGCGGUAGGGGCUCUGAUCGGGAAGAAGGGGCAGCACAUCAAACAGCUAGCACGCUUCGCUGGGGCCUCCAUCAAGAUCGCCCCAGCAGAGAACCCUGGCGUCACUGAGAGGAUGGUCAUGAUCACCGGACCUCCAGCAGCUCAGUUUAAGGCCCAGGGCAGGAUAUUUGGGAAGCUGAAAGAGGAAAACUUCUUCACAGCGAAGGACGAAGUGAAGCUAGAGACACAUAUCAAAGUUCCCUCGAAUGCAGCCGGACGAGUCAUCGGCAAGGGAGGCAAAACCGUCAAUGAGCUGCAGAACCUGACCAGUGCAGAGGUCAUCGUGCCACGAGACCAAACGCCAGACGAGAACGAUGAGGUCUUCGUAAAGAUCAGCGGGCAUUUCUUCGCCAGUCAGUCUGCUCAGAGGAAGAUCCGUGAGAUCAUCCAGCAGGUGAAACAGCAGGAACAGAAACACCAGCAGCAGGGAGCUCCCAGCAUGCACCACUCUAAGUGACCAGCAGGUAGAGCGGUGCGGCUCACUCCCCCUUUCUCUCUCCAGCGGGCUCAAGCCAAUGAAUGUAGCCCUCCCACCUGGACAGACGGCCAGACCAGCCAAUGGGACAAGGCAAAGCAGAACAGCAGAACCGGGAACAAAACCAAAGAACUUAAUUGAUCGGGGGGGAAAAGUGAUGAGAGUCAAAGGCUUGGGGCAUUAUGUGCACUGCCAGCCCAGAGCGGAGAGAGAGGACGGGGAGAGGAAACGGAAAUGUCAAAAUACAAAACAUAUAUAAAAACAAGAUGAAGUAGGAUGGAAGUAGGCUAACUAACAUACAGUAGGCCUAACAGACAGACAACAUCAAAACAGACAUGAUGGCAUUAUGAAGGUAGUUCUGUAGUUUAGUAGAAUGAUGAGUAUGAUGGUGUGAUUCAGGGAGAAGGACUGUCUGAGACGCUUGUGGUUCACAUUAAUGAUAAAAGUCAGUAUCCUUAACAGUACUAAGACAGAGUAGAACACAUCGUGCCUUCCAAGUGGCACCCUAUUCCCUACAUAGUGCACUACUGUUGACCAGAGCCCCGUAGACAUACAAUGGUAUAUACUAAACUAUGGCCUGGUAUUCGGUUACACAGCAGAUGGAAUGACAGCGCAUGUUGUGGCUUAAUAUCUAACAAAACUGGAUAUUUCCUAGAUUGAAAUGGGCUUUCAGUAGAACAUGGAACUUUAGUUGGGGCUCUAUAGGCCCAUAUAGGGAAUAAGGAGAAAAGUGUCA